AACGGUUGGGAAAGUAUCUCAAGAGAUAUCGACCUCGAGCAGUGACAAACAAGAAUGUGUUGAAAGAAGUUACAAAAUAAUAUUCAAAUUUUUUGUGUAACUUGACGUGUUAACUUUUUUUAUAAAUAACUGGAAUUAAUUUCAAAUAUUUUGAAAGGGAAUUUGUGAAAAUAAUUUUUCAAAAUGAUGGAAACGACAAUUGUAACAACAACCACAACAACAACAAAUGCAAAUGAAUUAAAGCGUAAUCCAAGAAGCAACAAAAUCAAGGAUCAUGAUGGCCAACUGGUUCAUAUGUCGUCCUCUGAUAUGGCCACAUUGGAUGCUGCACAUCAAUUUCCGGCUAACGAAGAGCCCAAUGUUCUAGGGCAUGGCCCCGGCUAUGAUGAUAAAUUGUCCAAAUUCAAAUGGCUCUGCAAUUUCGAUGAUGCGCCGAGCCAUCUAAAAUUCAAUCCGUACAUACGACGUGGCUAUCGUACAUUCCUAUCCAAUAAACUGUGCCUGCAGAGCAUUUUCUGGUGGACCAAUGAGACGAUCAAUAUCUGGAGCCAUUUGGCUGGUUGCAUACUAUUCAUCGGACUUACCAUAUUUGACUUUCAAUUUCUGCGUUUGCACGCCUCGUUGAGUGAUCAAGUUUUGGUUGUUUGCCUUUUGGUUUGCUUCUGCCUCUGUAUGCUAAUGUCGGCCAUAUAUCAUAUAUUCUCAUGCCGAUCCGAGGAGCACUAUGAGCUAUUCCUAUCGGUUGACUUUCUGGGCAUAUCCCUAUCAUUGGUGGCCAUCUACAUAAGUGGCAUGUAUUAUGCCUUUUGGUGUCACACUUUCCUACGCACCCUGUACUCGACGAUUGCUCUGGGCAUGUUUGGUCUGGCCAUAGCCGUUCAGAUACCCAAACUGAAUGUCUCCAUGAAUGCAAAGGUAGCAGUUCUAUUGCUAUGGUCGGCCUAUGGUGUGAUACCCUUGGGACAUUGGACUGUGGUUAUGGGUGGUCUGGAGAAUGAGCUAGUUCAGUUGAUGGUGCCUCGCAUUGUGAUCAUGUAUGUGCUCUGUCUCGUUGCAUUUGUUUUCUAUGCAGCCAAAAUUCCCGAACGUUGGUUCACUGGCAAAGUGGACUUUGUGGGUCACUCGCACAACUGGUGGCAUCUCAUCAUUGUGGCCGCCUUCUAUCAUUGGCAUAACACGGGUCUUGUCUAUGCCGAAUAUCGCCUCAAUAAUGGUUGCAGUGCACCGAUUCUAGCCUAAAAUUUAUAUAUGUAACUUUAAAUAGCUUACAAUUAGUUUAAACAAACAAUUCCCCCAUUCAUAUGCCCUGAAUAUUAACUAAUAUUUAGUUGUAGAGUUUCUUUAUUUUUUGUUCAACGAUAUUAUUAAUUUAUGUGUGUCUGUAUAUAUAUAUAAGUAAUUGAUAUAUAUACAUAUAUAUACUUUUAGUUAGGGACUCGUUUGUCUGCCAUCCAUCUAAAUAAGUUUGGAUGGCAUUAAAGUGAGUGGUUUUUGUACAUGUAUAUAUAUAAGCUUGAGCUGAAGCUGUGUUAAAAUCUGGUUAUUUCAAUUUUUACAAAUUUAUUUUGAAUGCAAAUAUAACGAAAGUACAAAAAAAAAC